GAUCAGCGUCGAGGCUCUCCACUUUAUAGCCCUGUCCAAAAAACGCUGAGCGUGUUGGAAACCUGGAAAAUGAAGACCAAAAAAUAAAUAAGAACGAAAAGCGAAAAAGCACAAACUGCUGACGAUCUGAAAUGGACUGCAGUUGGGUUUAGCGUGACCAAGGAGAACGGUGUAGGGUGAAUCUCUGACCGGCUAACACCAAUUCCAAAUGGCCAAAUUGACGAGACUGUUGCUACUGCUGCAACUGCUGACCCCGAAAUUGGUUUUUCCAGCUGCCGUCGUCGUCGUCGUAUCUGAACCGUCAACAGUUUCCGCCAUUUCACAGUUUCUGGAGCGGCGGGCAGAACCAAAUCAAGAGGAACUCAGCUGGACACAUCUGUUGCCCAGCAACUAUUACUCGGAAUUGAAUCAACAAUACUAUGUGAGAUUUCGCAGGCACUCCAGGCUCGCCCUUAAGGAUCUGCGCAGAGCCCGGACGUAUCCAUUUGAAUAUGCGCGAUAUCUCUAACAAUAAUAUUUAAAGAACCCAAAAAAACAAUAUGGGAAUAAAUCUUUUGCUCCUAUGUCGAAAAUCGUUGCGCAAUCAGCGGAAAGAAAAUUAAUUAAAUAUACUUAAA